AGAACAUAAAGGGCAAGGAAGGGCUCUACAAAAACCCUAAUUCCAGAGACUGCAUCAUUCCUAAAACCCUACUCUCGUCUCUGCAUUGUACAGCGCCCAGCAAUGGAUAUCCAAGACAGCAAUGGCGAUGAAAUGAUCAACAAAGGAAACAUCAAUAUACAGAGGCCGAGGAAGACCAGGUUCGAGUACGAUGACGACGAAGUAGACCAAGACGAGACUCUCGACGAAGCAAUCACCGAGACUUCCAAUCUCGAGGACGACGCGUUGAUGUGCGAUCCAGACGAGUCCGUCAUUGGCGCCGACAAGACCAGCGCCGACUAUUACUUCGAUUCCUACUCUCACUUUGGUAUUCAUGAAGAAAUGUUGAAGGAUGCAGUGAGAACUAAGACAUACCAAAAUGUUAUUUAUAAAAAUAAUUUUUUGUUCAAGGACAAAAUAGUCCUUGAUGUGGGUGCUGGGACUGGAAUUUUGUCACUCUUUUGUGCAAAAGCAGGGGCAAAACAUGUUUAUGCGGUUGAGUGCUCCCAAAUGGCUGACAUGGCACAAGAGAUUGUUAAAGUAAACGGCUUUUCAGAUGUUAUCACAGUUUUGAAGGGAAAAAUUGAGGAAAUUGAGCUUCCAGUUGCUCAAGUGGAUAUCAUUAUUUCAGAGUGGAUGGGAUAUUUUUUAUUGUUUGAGAAUAUGUUAAAUACAGUCCUCUAUGCUCGUGAUAAGUGGCUUGUUAACAAUGGAGUUGUUCUUCCAGACAAAGCUUCUCUCUAUCUGACAGCCAUUGAGGAUGCUGACUACAAAGAAGACAAGAUUGAAUUUUGGAACAAUGUGUAUGGCUUCAAUAUGAGCUGUAUCAAGAAGCAAUCUAUCAUGGAACCUCUUGUUGACACGGUUGAUCAGAAGCAGAUCGUUACAAACUGUCAGUUACUGAAGGUAAGAAAAAUGUAUCCCUGUAGGAUUAAUUUCAAUAGUAAUUUUAAUUAUUUGUCUUUUGGUCUGCUUGGUCUGACGAAUCUGUUGCUGUGCUUUACUUUAAUACAGACUAUGGACAUCUCUAAGAUGGCCCCAGGGGAUGCUUCCUUCACAGCUCCUUUUAAGCUCGUGGCAGAACGUGAUGAUUACAUCCAUGCUCUUGUGGCAUAUUUUGAUGUCUCUUUUACUAAGUGUCACAAACUGACAGGCUUCUCAACAGGGCCAAGAUCACGGACUACACAUUGGAAGCAAACGGUCUUAUACCUGGAAGAUGUGCUUACCAUAUGUGAAGGGGAGGCUUUAGUUGGCAACAUGACUGUGGCACAAAACAAGAAGAAUCCUCGGGAUGUUGAUAUAAUGAUCAAAUAUUCAUUGAAUGGCCGGCGUUGCUUGGUCUCAAGAACUCAACAUUAUAGGAUGCGCUAAUGUGGUUAAUGGUAUCCCUGAAAUCAGAAAAUCUAUUCAAGUAGCCUGCCAUUUUGAAAGAAGCAGAUAUCUUCUGAUUUAUUUUUUGGUUUUAUAGAAUGCAGGUUGUUCUUUAAAAUGUAACAUUGCUUUUACGUUAAACUAUUUUUAUUAAAAUGCUGAAAGUGAGGCUAGAAAAUAUUUAAAAAUUCAAUUCAGAAUUUUCUGUUAAGCAUGCUGUCUA